AUCUUUGUCCAUUAAAAUGGGUUUUAAAUCGAGAAACAUUGUCUAUGAAAAUGAAUUUUUUAUUAAUAUGUUUCCUGAGAUAGUUUGACUAAGGAGGGAAAGAAAGGUGAGAAAGAUAGUCGCCGAUCAAGUUUUGUAGUCUCGCGUUAUGAAGAGGUUCAUGCCGGUGAGUAGGAGAGGAAGAGUCAUGACAGGCGGAGGCGAGAGAAAGGCCGGGAACUCGGCGAUGACGAUCGCGCCUGUUGAUGGUAACGCGAUGGAGAGGCCCCGAUCCUAUCCUCCUAGGCGACCCGGGGUGUCAGCCGUCAAAAGUUGGCCUCCGAAUUGUGGAAGGAGGAGGGACCUUAGCAAUGAUGGUGGCAGAGCUCCAACAGUGGGGAUCGUCGAAGAGGAAGAGGAGGAGUAGAAGGAGGAAAACCAUCUGGAGCUUGAGCAUGAGUAUGCCGACGUUGACUCGACUAAAGAGGUGACUGUAAAGGGGGUAAAAUCUUCGUCGAGGUUUUUUAGUUUAUUUCUUUAAUUUCAAGUUAUGCUAGUUAAUUUACGAGUUUGCGGGAUCAUGUGUGUGAGGCAAUCCCACCGCCUACUUAAGGUGGAAGCACGCGUUGCGCUAUGUAUGUAUGGAUCAUGGUAAUAUGAACCCCCAGGUGUUUGGGCCACUACUAGACGCGGUAGAUGGUCGGGUCACUGUUGAACGACGAUACGUAAGGUAGUAGUUGACUGGACUUGGAUUGGAUGGCGAUACGUAAAGCAGUACCAUUGCCUUGAGGAUAGGGACAGCGAAUGGCGAUACGUAACGCGGCAAACCCUAGUAAUAUGUAUAUGAGUUAAGAUAGAAGUAGAGAACUUCUAUAGGCUAUUAAGGAAUGAUUAUUUAAGAGCAGAAAGCGAGAACGGAUUUCUAUCUAGAAAGAAAUUCUAAUAAUGUGUUGGUGAGGAUUUGUCUAGGCCAAAGACUUUAGAAAGUAACGACGAGAUUGUCCCCUUCUCACUCACUAGGUCGAGGAAGGGUUAGCGGAGAUGGAUUCCGAAAAGAUGCAAGGCAAAGCAAGAGGCUGUUUCUGAGCGGACGUGAUCGAGGGGAGCUCAGCGAGAAGAUAGAGCUAUAGUUAUUUUCAUUAUUUUUGUUCAUGAUUAUGAGUUUAUAAACUAUAGAUUCGAGG